CUCCCUAGCUAGCUCUCUCCGGGUGCCCUAUUUUUAGCAUUAGCUAACGCUCCUCCCGUCCAAUAAACUUUUCCCUAGCUUACUGUUGUGUCUUCUAUCCAUUAUUUUUGGUUGGCCGUCUAGUCGCGUACCGAGUUUAUAGCGCACGAUCUACGCGCUAUAAUUGGUGACCCCGAAAAAAAAACUAUUUUUGGUGAGUUCGGUACUAAUAUUUUUUUCAGAUCCGGUUAUUUAUUCUGUCGACCUUUCUACUUUUUCUCUUUACUAUUUGUGUUCACAUUCACACGCUCCGGAAUUAUUUCACCAUGAAGGUCAGCCGCCCAGAUUCUUACGAUCAGGUUUGUGGGUUCCGUUUCCCUCUCCCGCCCUUCCGAGAGACUAACCCUAAGGCCUGGUUUAACCAGCUAGAGUCUAUUUUUUCGUUACAUGGCGUUAACUCUGACAGCGUCAAAUUUCACUGCGUUGUCGCCGCGCUUCCCCCGCAAGUCGUCGAUGACCUCGACGACAUCUUGGAACUUCCGGAACAUCAGAAAAGUUACGAGGAGCUUAAGGCCGUCGUCUUAAAGCGAUUUGGCAUAUCAGACCAUGCUCGCGUCACGCAGCUUCUUAAUGAAACAGAGCUAGGGGAUCGAAAGCCUUCGCAGUUGCUGCACAAGAUGCAAGCUCUAGCUAAGCCUCUCGCUGUUGGCGACUCUUUCCUUAAAGAGAUGUGGCUUCGUUGCCUGCCACGUGACAUGCGCAAUCCCUUGUAUGCAAACGAUGCGCCUCUUCCUCAGCUAGCCGAUAUAGCCGACCGUAUUUGGGAAUCCAACGCCCAAAUAUCUCAGGUUCAGUCUACCUCCAGUACAGAGGUAGCAGAACUAAGAGCGCAAGUAUCCGCAUUAACCAACCGACUAGAGAAGCUAACACAAUCCGGAUCCAACCGCCGAAAUCGUCCCAGUAGUCGCAGUCCUCCUAGAUCACGUUCGAAAUCUCCCCCUAGGUCAAGCUAUUGCUGGUACCACGAGCGAUUUGGUCAUCAGGCCAGAUCGUGUCGCCCACCUUGUUCUUUCAAGCGCAACAUGCAGGGAAACGGGUAGGCCAGCACGUAGGGGCGACGGACGUUGCUGGCUGCCCCAGUCGCCUUUUCUUUGUCACCGAUCGCAGUACGGGAGUACGCUAUCUCGUUGACACCGGCGCAGAAGUCAGCGUUAUCCCACGUGAUUCUAAUGACGUUAUCGAAGAGGCGACCGGUUCUUUGCGCGCUGCAAACGGCACCACCAUUCGCGUGUAUGGUCAACGCUCGCGCACGCUUAAUCUAAACCUACGACGUUCAUUUAAAUGGAUCUUCCUCGUCGCAGAUGUCCAGACGCCAAUUCUUGGCCUUGACUUUCUGCAGCACUUCGAUUUACUUGUUGACGCAAAGCAACGCCGUCUGAUCGACCGUCAAACAAACCUGGCAGUUAUAGGUACUUUGACCGACAUAGAGUCAAUCAGUCCUGUAUACGCCAACCUGUCAAGCUCGCCUAUCGGUCAGAUGCUUAAUACGAAGUUCCCGCAAGUCUUUCGUGCAAUGACACCGUUUUCAUCCGCCACUGAGGCCGCGAAACAUUAUAUCGUCACGAAAGGUCCGC